CGGAAGUCUCCCUCCCGCACCCCGGAAGCCGGAAGAAGAGGACCAGGAAGCGAGCCUUCUUCCUCCCCAAACAGACACAGAGUAUCUCCACGUGGGAGCCAGAGAGAGAUAAACAUGUUCCUGCAUUUUUAUCUGGAUAGUAAUGGGCAGAGGGUCUACACCCUCAAGAAGGUUGACCCGGACGGGAAAGCGACCUCCAGUGCUCACCCAGCCCGCUUCUCCCCAGACGAUCGCUACUCCCGCCACCGUGUCACCAUCAAACGCCGCUUCAACCUGCUCAUGACCCAACGAGCUGCUCCUGUCCUCUGAACCGCUCCACCCCCGCCACCUUUGUGGGCUGACUCGGCCUCAGGACCGGAGAACGGGGCUUUGGGGGGGAGGUGGCGGCGGAGAUCCCCCUGAGCCACUGCAGGGUACGGUCCCCGUCGCCCUCGGAGCGGAUAAUGCCGUUGGAAUUCCCUGCUGUCUGAAUAAAAUGUCCUGCACAUGAAA